AUGAGCUUUGCUAUCGAAGCUCCGGGUGAAGCACAACCGCUCACGCCGGACGAGCUCUAUGUUGCCCUCCGAGAUGCAGCCUCGUCCUCCACACCGGCUCCCCGAAGGCAGGCGUCCGUAUUCCUCAACAAGAGUUUACCGAUCGAAGUCCGGUUGCUUGCCAUCAUUCAGCUUAAAAAUGGCAUAGACCGCUACUGGAGGCUGUUCAGCCAUGUGAAAGGAGGGUUAACCGACGACGAAAAGGCAGUCAUUCGCUCGAGAUUGUUCCAAGGUACUGUCGACGAGGAAAACAAGGCCCUGGGGCUCCAUAACGCCCUCGCGGUAGCCAAGGUUGUUAGGAUCGACUAUCAGAAACAGUGGCCCGAAGCCCUCCCAAGCUUGAUCGCCCUUCUACGGACUCACAAGCACGGAGACCAACACAAGGUUCACGGAUCCCUCCAGCUCGUUCUGCGGGUUGUCAAGGAGAUGGCCACCGCCCGGUUACGCACCUCUCAGACUGCUCUUCAAGGAAUUACACCUGAGCUUGCACAUAUCCUUGGGGAAAUGUACACGGAAAGGGCGGCUGCCUGGGUUGAUUCUUUGUCAAAGGGCGUCGUGGAUGCGGAGGCUACUGAGCUUGCGAUGCAUAACAGCUUGUUUUGCGUACGCAUCCUUCGACGCUUGUUUACUUCCGGCUACGAAAGUCCCUAUAAGGACGAAACUGUUUCGAAUUUCUGGUCGAUAACCCAGACUCACUUCAGCCAUUUCUUCGGCUACAUUGGCCAGGAGACGAUCCCAGCGACGUAUCGGAACCUCAUUGGCAAGCACUUGCUGCAGUUCUCGAAGCUGCACGUCAAAAUGGCCGAGACACACCCCGCAAGCUUCACAGCUCUUCCCAAUUCUCUACCUCUCAUCCACGCCUAUUGGAACCUUGUAACCAAGUUUGCGGAAGUGUUUGACAAAUCAGCCGGUAUUUCGCAAACUACUACUCAAGGCGGUCAGACGAAAUACGAAGAGGAAGGUCCCCUCCUAGAACGGCUAACUCUUAUGGCGCUUACGCUUCUAAGGACAUGCGCCAGGAUUGCUCACCGUCCCUUCCAGUCGUUUAAGUACAGGACUGAUGAGGAGAAAAAGGAUCGGGAGAAGGCAGUGCAGUUGAUCAAGACUCAGUGGCUAACGAAUGAAUUUGUGACCCAAAUCACCAACGUCCUGAUAACCCGGCUGUUUUUGUUCCGAAAAUCCGACCUGGAUGCCUGGGAACAAGAUCCAGAGGAAUGGGAGCAACGUGAACAGGGCGAGGGAAAUGCUUAUGAAUUCGAGGUUCGGCCAUGCGCGGAAAAGCUAUUCCUCGACUUCCUAACAAGUUAUAAGGAUCUCCUAAUUCCUCCUCUCCUGGGUUACUUCAACGCCUCGACUGAUACCGGUGCUGAUUUGACAACGAAGGAAGCGGUCUAUACAGCCAUGGGCUUGGCUGCCGCCCACCUCGCUACCUAUUUCCAGAGCAAGCUGUCUGAGUCGGGCGGACAGGGAGUACAGAAUAUCGACUUUGACAGUUUUCUUGAGACAACAUUGGUCAGGGAUGCGCAAGAGCAGGGUCCGCUAGCCAAAGUUCUUCGUCGUCGUAUUGCCAUUCUACUCAGCCAAUGGAUCACGGUGGAGAGCACGGAGAGAAAUCGGCCCAUCAUUUAUCAACUGUUUACACAUUUCAUGAACCCCAACGAUGAGUGUAACGACAUGGUUGUGCGGAUCACGGCGGCUAGACAACUUCGCUGGGUGGUUGAUGAAAUGGACUUCGACGUGGAGAAGUUCCUACCGUUUGCAACGGACGUCAUGACGCAGCUGGCUGAAUUAGUGACGACCAUUGACGUUGACGAGUCGAAGUUGGCAAUCCUAGAGACGAUGAGGCUUCUCGUGACGAGAAUGGAAAGCCAUGCGGCGCACUUCGGGGACUUCCUCAUGUCCGCGUUACCGCAGAUCUGGGAGGCGUCUGGAACCGAGGAAUUCAUGAUCAAGCAGGCCGUCAUUGCCAUCUUCAGUGCUCUAGUUAUGUCCAUGGGGCCGGGAUCGCAAAGAUAUCAACACCACAUGCUCCCUCUGAUUGCCGAGUCAGCGAGUCCAGGAUCCGGUCUCCACGGACAUCUCAUCGACGAGUCGCUCGACCUCUGGAAUUCCGUUGUCAUGCAAAGUAACCCUCCUUUGUCGGCAGAGCUGGUCAAUAUUUACGAGUUGGCGAUACCUCUGCUCGAGUACGAGACGGAAACUGCAUCGGCAUCCCUUAACCUCAUCGAGUCAUAUAUUCUCAUGGCACCUCAGGCUAUUCUAGAAGACCGCUUCCGACGACCUACGUUAGCGGGUCUAGGAGAGCUAUUAAAGUCUCACAGCCGGGACAGGGUUCGCCAGGCUACAGAAUGUAUCGAGUACAUUAUCCGCUCGGCGACAGAAUUCGGAGGCGUAAGCGGAGUAACGGUGGUGCUACAGGACUUGAUCGAGAUUGGACUUCUUCGAUCAAUCCUGGAGAGCCUACACGAUGCAUGGGAGGCACACCAGACGACUGGUCCUAACAGGAGGGUCAGCAAGCUCAACACGGUUACCGAGGGAGACUAUUUCGCGAUUUUAUCCCGUCUAGCGCUGGCGGAGCCCAACGCUUUUGCUCAAAUGCUUGGGUCGUUUGGGCCUUUCGAAGCAGUGUGGAACUGGCUCAUCGGUGAAUGGUUCUCCCACCUAGCCGCCAUGGAUUUUGCAGCUCGACAAAAGCUCUACCUUUUGGGGCUCACACGAUUCCUUGAACUCGGAGAGCCGGUGCAAACCCUUGUGCUCAACAAGCUCCAAGACUACCUGACAAUGUGGACCAACAUCAUCUCGGAUAUCCAAGAUGGCGAUGUCACGGAUACUCUGAUUUGCACGGAGCUGCCGCCGGAGGAGUGGCAUUGUCCCAAGAACACGAGGGAGAACGAGCUGAUGCUGAAGGAUCCCGUGUAUAGCGUGCACGCGUUCGAGUUCGUCAAGGCCAGGAUCGGGGAUCUGGUGCAGCGGGUUGGUGGGGAGCAGAAGUUCCAGGAGGAAUGGGCCGUCAACGUGGAUAAGGAUGUUCUGGAUAAGUUUCAGCAACUUACGCAGCUUAUGGCCAGCCAAGGGAAAUGA